UAUUUGUGAUUAAAGACUUUAGAAAAAAAAACUUUGCAAUCAUGUUGCAACUAUAAGGAUUUUUUUUUUUUUUUAAUACUAUCAUGUCUUAAAAAUCAUAAAUAUGAAAGAAGAUAAGGUAAACGCAUAAAAAAAGCUGUGCAAUUUUAGUUGGAAUUUAUUUUUCAAGACGUUCAGUAAGAAAAUUGACAAACAAAGUCAAAAAAUGGAUUUUGAUCGUAAUAAAUUGAUUCUUACAAUUUCCAUCGCAUUAUUUAUUCCAAAUGUACAAUCCUCUACAGAAACUGAAUUAAAAUGCGAGCCACUAGAAAUAAGAAAUGCACAAUUUGUUACACUGGAAAAUUAUAGCAAAGGGCUCGUACUUUGCAAUGAUUUUCAUGUACUACAAGGAGAUUCUACUCUAACUUGCAUUAAUGGAAAAUGGAGUGGUGAACGACCCAUAUGUAUUCCUUAUACGUGUUUGAAAUCAUCCGAAACAUAUUACUACAUCGAUAAUGGAAUGGCAGUAGAUAGAAAAAUUGGUAACGAUGGACAAGUUUUUAUUCAAUAUAUUUGCAAUAAAAAUUAUACAUUGAUAGGAAAACAUUGGGCAGUAUGUAUAGAUGGAGAAUGGUCAAAUCUACCACCUCAAUGUAAAUUAUCGGAAAAUCUCAAAUGUCCAGAAAUUAGUUUUGAAUAUGGACAAAUUGAACUAAAUGACGAAGGUGACAUUGCGACAUUAACCUGCGAUUUAAAUUAUUUCCUUACUGGAAAUUCAACAAUAAUAUGUAGUAAGGGAAUAUGGAAAACAGAAGAUUAUCCCGAAUGUACUCCAACUGACUCUUUAUUGAUUAAAGCUCAGUACCUUGAGAUGGAUAGUUUUACAUUACGUUAUUUUGAUAUUGAAAAUUGUAAAGGUGAAACUGAAGAAAUAACAUAUUCAGGACGUACAUUAUUAAAAUAUUCUUGCAACACAAAUUACACAUUGAUUGGCGAAAAUUGGGCAAUGAGAAUAUAUGGAAAAUGGUUUAAUGAUCCACCUAUAUGUAAAUUAACAAAGGAACUAGAGUGUCUUCCAUUUUAUUAUGGAAAAGAAUAUGUUACAUUCAAUAAGUAUGGCAAUGAACUAUAUGCAAGAAUAGUAUGCAAUGAAUUUUUUUAUUAUAAUGGUAAUGAAAAAAUACCAGAAAAUGUAAAUGCAGCUAUUGGAGUGAAUAAAUGCAUUAAUGGAACUUGGGGCAUAGAUAUAGAAAAUGGCGACCCUUGCCUACCUUUGCAAUGUGAUACUACAGUUGAAAAUGGACAAGCUUCAGUUUCUAAAUGGUUCAUGUCAAUGAAAUUGUAUUGUAAUACAAAUUACGAGCCUAUUGUAGAUGAAAUAUUAAACUGCAAUCCAUCUACUGGUAGAUGGCUUCCUUCAUAUAGUUUUGUACCAUUUGAAAGUAGAAAUGCAAUUACCAACUGUUAUCAUCAUAAUUGCUUAAGAAAUUCUACGUUUUAUAAUUUAUCAAAUGGAUAUGUAGAGAAAACUUUUCCUGACAAGAAAACGGUUACUUUAAAUUAUUAUUGCAAUAAAAAUUAUACACUGAUCGGAGAACAAUCAGUAACUUGUGAUGAUGGAAAAUGGUUGAAAACACCACCUCAAUGUAAAUUAACAAAAACACUGAAAUGUCCACCGUUCAAAUAUGGAAGUUCAAGUGUAACAUUUUUGGAAGAUGGCAAUGUUGCUAGAAUAAAUUGCGAUGAUGCUAGUAGUUUUUUAAGAACAAUAGAAAUGACUAAAGUCCGAGAAAACUUAUCUAUGGGAGAGCGACGAUGCAUUAAUGGAAAUUGGACAGGUGAUGUUAAUUACAAAAAUUGUGAACGUUGUGUACGAAUAAAUAUGGAUAAUGCAAGAAUAACGAAUGACGUAUGGGAUACGAAAAUGACAAUAUAUUGCCUUACAAUACAUGUGCUUGAAGGAGAUUCAAAUUUCAUUUGUCGUCGUAAUAUUUGGGUACCUUCUACGAGUGAUGGAGAAUUGAUUGUUAAUUCUGAAAAAAAAUUUCCACCUAUUUGUAAAUACCCGUUUGAUAAGUUUUUGAUUAAAUAUAUUGGCAGAAACAAUAUUAGUGGAUGGCAUAACUAUCAGCAAGAAUUGGAACCUUAUAUACGUGGAUAAUUUUAAUGUGCCAGCAUGGCGGCCGCAGUGUAGUAAAUUAAUAAAAACAAAUUUAAAUGUUGUUUUUCCUGUUUUUGAAAUAUUAUUUAAUUAAUUAAUGUUAACAAAAAAUGAAAUAUUUUAGAAACAAAUAAAAUUACUGUAUUUCUAAACUUAUCAAAAGACAUCUACUGUAAUUCCGCAUCCAACGAGUCCUAUAUAUGAUGUAUUGUAUGGAUUACUAACAAUUUACUAAUCCAAAAUAUUUCAUAUAAGGCUCGUUGGAUGCAAAAUAACAAAAAAUUACAAAUGGUAAGUUCAGAAUCACAGUAAUUUUAUUGUUUCUACAAUUAAUUAUGUAAUUAAUUAAUUAAUAUCUCAAAACAAAAAAAAAACACAAAAUUUGUUUAUUAAUUUAAUUAUUACUAUUAUAUAAUUUUUUUUUCUUUUUUGAAUAACAUUUUAAUAAUAUUUUAUUAUCUAUUUAAAAAAUAUGUGAAUUUAAUAAUAAAAUAAAUAUUAACAUUGAAACAAAAA